UCAUGACAUCAGCUGACAAUCUCUUUUUAUAAUCCUGGCAACCAUAAAAUAACUUGAUUUCUAAUUUAAUUUACUCAACUAUGCAACCAAAAACUAAAGUAAAAUCAGAUUAGUUAGCUUAAAUUGCAGGCAUAUUAAUUAUAACUAAAAAUAAAACAAAAUAUAAAAAAAAAAUGAUUUAUAAUUGUUUAAUAAUAAACGGUCUUCUGUCAGCGGGCGGAUAUGUAAUUGCUGUGCGUUUGAUACCGGGUUUUCGACAAAAAUUUAUCGACAAAAAUCGAGUUGGCAAGGAUUUAUGUAAAAAAAAUAAAAAAGAAAUUCCUGAAUCAAUGGGUGUCUUAAUUGGAUUGGUGUUUUUGGUCGUCUUGUUUUUAUUCAUACCGGUGCCCUUCACUCUCGGUAAUUACUCACCGUUACUCACUCUCGGUGAAGCCAUAAAAACCGGCAGCAAAACGACAUUUCCUCACGAAAAAUUUGUAGAAUUAUUGGUUGCUCUGCUCUCCAUAGCUGUAAUGAUGUUGUUGGGAUUCAUUGACGAUAUUUUCGAUUUACGAUGGCGUUAUAAACUCGUACUGCCCUCCAUAGCUAUGAUUCCGUUACUAAUGGUGUACGCUGUCUAUUACAAUUUAACAACGAUUAUAAUGCCAAAAUUCCUGCGAACAUUUGUCGGCUAUUCAUUGGAUAUAGGUGCUUUGUAUUACAUUUACAUGGGAAUGUUGGCUGUAUUCUGCACUAAUGCGAUCAACAUUUUAGCCGGCAUCAACGGUUUAGAAGUGGGUCAAUCAUUAAUUAUCAGUGCUUCUAUACUUCUGUUCAAUUUUAUUGAAUUAUCUUUGGGGCAUCAAGUAGACGCCCAUAAAUUUAGUAUUUAUUUAAUGUUGCCAUUUCUUGCUGUAUCCUUGGCUUUAUGGAAAUUUAACAAAUAUCCAUCCCAAGUAUUCGUUGGUGAUACAUUUUGUUAUUUUGCAGGCAUGACGUUUGCGGUCGUUGGCAUUCUCGGGCAUUUUAGUAAAACAUUGAUUCUAUUUUUUUUACCGCAAAUAAUAAAUUUUCUUUAUUCAAUACCGCAACUAUUUAAAUUUAUCCCUUGCCCAAGACACCGUUUACCAAAAUACGAUUCAAAAUCGGACCUUUUGCACAUAAGUACAACCGAUUUUGAUAAAAACGAACUGAAUAUGCUGGGCCGUCUAAUGGUGACCAUGCUGAAAUCAUUAAAAUUGAUAACGUGGCAAGAAAAGCCCGACGGUAAAGUGACAACAAAUAAUUUCACGCUAAUCAAUUUUGUAUUAUUGGUGUUUGGGCCAGUGCAUGAGAAAAUACUUACGCAAAUGUUAAUGGGUUUUCAAAUCCUAUGCACAGUUUUAGCACUAAUAAUUCGCUAUCCAUUGGCAAAUUACUUUUAUGAUACGUAACAUCAGAUUUAUUCUAAGUUC